UGCAACGGCGCGGGGCUCUGGGCCAAGCUCAGCAAGGAGCAGCUGGCGGCCUGCAAGGGCGGCUGUGAGCUGGAAGAAGGCUGGGUCCUGGUGCGCAAGCAUGGAGAGGACUGGGGCAGGCUCAUCCUCGUGGAGGCCACGGAUGAAAUGGAGAGGAGGCAGCAGCUCUUUGGAGUGGAUUAUAAUCCUGCAACGAGCUGGGAGCAAGCGGUGGACUUGACCUCCCUGCCCUUCGCAGCGAAGCCCAGACAGCUGGAGCCGGACGAGGAUGCAGUGCAGAAGUUUCGGUUUGUUCCCCCAACGUGGAGUUUCGAGUGCGACGAAGAUCUGGUCCGCUUCAUGUACGAUUACAUUGCAAAGGGGAACAGGAGGCUGGGCAGGAUCAACCAGUAUGUGGACAGCAUUGACGUCUCCUCCUACGUGAAGGACCAUGGUGUGCCGCAGCUGACGGACAACCAGCUGUUCACCUUCUGGGAGAGCGACGGGGCCCAGGGCGAGCACUGGGUGCGGCUCACCAUGAAGAAAGGCACCCUCAUCAAGAAGCUUCUGAUCAGCAUAGAUGCAAGUGAUACUAGCUACAAGCCCAAGAGGAUUGCGGUGUAUGGCGGUGUGAUGGGCAAGCUGAAGAAGUUGGCUGAUCACAACAUCAACGAGAACAGUUACGGGGACGUGUGUAUACUCAGGGAUAUGACGAUUCACCAGCCUGUCAUUGAGAUACGAAUCCUGGAGUGCGGAGAUAACGGGCUCAACGUUCGCCUCUGGGGCCUCAAGGUCCGGGCCACGUGGCACUGGGAUGUGAGGCUCAAUGCAGACAUGUUCCAGUCAGCCCACCUGGUGCGGUACCCCCGCCUGGAAGGGACGGACCCCGACCUGUUGUACCGGCGCGCCGUGCUCAUUCAGAGGUUUAUGAAGCUUCUGGACAGCGUCCUGCCUUACCUGUUCCCGGUCUGGGACCCCACCAUCAGCCUAUUCAAUGAACUCAAGCACAUCAAGCAGUUCCUGCUCCUGUCCAAGUGGCGCCAGGCUCUCAUCUCCCGCUGUCUGGAGGAGAUGGAGACCAGAAAACCCAGCAACAUGCCCGAGCUGUUCAUCAACCGGCACCUGGCACUGAAGCACCGCGAGAACCCUGGCCUGGACCCCAGCUGCAGGAACGCCGUGUUCACUCAGGUGUACAAGGGCCUCGAAUCUUUCGCCAAGGAGCAUAAGCCACUGGAUUACAGGUGGCCAUCGUCCUACGACCAGUGGUGGCAGUGCAAGUUUGUUGGCGAGGGCAUCUGCGACUGCGGCGGCGGGUUUCGGGACAGCCUGGCAGACAUGUCGGAGGAGCUGUGCCCCAGCUCGGCAGACAGCCCCGUGCCGCUGCCCUUCUUCGUCCGCACGUCCAACCAGGGUAGCAGCACCGGGGAAGCCAGGGACAUGUACGUCCCAAACCCCUCCUGCAAGGACUUUGCCAAGUACGAGUGGAUCGGCCAGAUCGUGGGGGCCGCUGUGCGGGGCAAGGAGUUCUUGGUCCUGGCUCUGCCGGGCUUCGUGUGGAAGCAGCUGAUAGGGGAGGAGGUCAGCUGGACCAAGGACUUCGUGGCCGUGGACGCCGUGCUGGUGAAGUUCCUGGAAGCGGUGGAAGGGAUGGACAGAGAGACCUUUGAGUCAGAGUUUGGGAACGAGCUGACCUACACCACGGUGCUCAGUGACCAGCGCACCGUGGAGCUCAUCCCUGACGGCAGCCGGAUUGCAGUGCGCUACGAGGACCGCAAGGAAUUCGUCCGCCUGGUGCGGACGGCUCGGCUGGAGGAAAGCACAGAGCAGAUCGCAGCCAUGCAGGCGGGGUUGCUCAGGGUGGUGCCACAGUCUGUUCUCGACUUCCUCACAUGGCAGCAGCUGGAGAAGAAAGUCUGUGGGGACCCUGAGGUCACCAUGGAGGCCCUGAAGAAUUUCGCUCAGUUUGAAGGUGUGGAGCCAUCAGACACCAGGGUCCAGUACUUCUGGGAAGCGCUUACCAACUUCACCAAUGAGGAUCGCAGCCGCUUCCUCAGGUUCGUGACUGGCAGGAGUCGCCUUCCCAUAUCGAUCCGCAUCUGCCCACACGAGCCAACGUCUGAUGUUGUGGAUGUGCUGCCUGAAGUCUCCACCUGCUCCAACGUUCUCUUCCUACCGCAGUAUACCUCGGCCGAGGUCUGUGAGGAGAAGCUGCGAUACGCAGCCUAUAACUGCGUGUCCAUCGACAGGGACAGGGACAUGUGGGUAGUGUGACGUCAUGGGCAUUGCACCUAGCACCUGCCCUCUGCUAACUGUUUAGUGGGAAGAGCUCCCCAUCCUCGAAGGAAAUUGUGUAUAAAAUAAUAAAUACGAUGUGUAACAGCCU